CCAGGCCCAUUUUGGUGUCUGACAUGCAUAUAUUAAACACUUCUUAGGAUAGAAAAUCUAGGGUUUGCAGAUCUGCUGUAUAGGAAGCUGAGCCAGCAAGCAGAGACUGCUCAAUCUUCAUCGCCGUCACCAUGGGUCGCAUGCACAGCCGCGGCAAGGGUAUUUCAGCUUCAGCUCUGCCUUACAAGAGAACUCCACCAAGUUGGCUCAAGAUCUCUCCCCAAGAUGUUGAGGAGAAUAUUUGCAAAUUUGCAAAGAAGGGGCUUACUCCUUCUCAGAUUGGUGUCAUUCUCCGUGAUUCUCAUGGUAUUGCUCAGGUUAGGAGCGUCACCGGAAGCAAGAUUUUGCGCAUCCUGAAGGCUCAUGGUCUUGCACCCGAAAUUCCCGAGGAUUUAUAUCAUCUCAUCAAGAAGGCUGUUGCAAUUAGGAAGCAUUUGGAGAGGAACAGGAAGGAUAAGGAUUCCAAGUUCCGGUUGAUCCUUGUUGAGAGCAGGAUUCAUAGGCUUGCUCGAUACUACAAGAAGACAAAGAAGCUACCUCCUGUCUGGAAAUACGAAUCAACCACUGCCAGCACACUGGUUGCUUAGGCUGGAUAUGUUGCACAGCGAAGUUUUGGGAAUCCAUAGUAGAUGUGAGAUCUUAUCAUGAUUCAUAUGUUCUACAAAGUCUUGUUGUAAUUUGGGAAGGUGGAGUGGAUUUUUUGUGCACUAAAUAUUUGCUUGGUUCUGAGCUCCUGUACUUUCUUUCAACUUUUUAAGCAGAUUGUCUUUGACCUUUGAGAUAUAGCAUUUUGCAAUUAGAAUCA